UACAUCAUCACGCUGAUGGCCAACGUGCUCAUCUUGAUGGCCAUUGGGCUAGACAGUGCCCUGCACACCCCCAUGUACUUCUUCCUGUUCACCUUCUCGCUCUCUGAGACCUGCUACACCUUUGUCGUCAUCCCCAAUAUGCUGGCCAUGUUGCUGUCCAAGGGCAAACUCAUCUCCUUGCCUGCCUGUGCCCUGCAGAUGUUCUUCUUUGGGACCCUUGCCAGUACCAACUGCUUCCUGCUGGCAGUGAUGGGCUAUGAUCGCUAUGUGGCCAUCUGCCACCCCCUGCGCUACCCAGUGCUGAUGAGCCCAUGUGCCUGUGCCGGCCUGGUGGUUGCCUGCUUCCUCAGUGGUGUCCUGUUUUCCAUUGUAAUAGUUUACCUCAUAUUCCACCUGUCAUACUGUGGCCCCAACACAAUCAACCAUUUCUUCUGUGACACCUCCCCGGUGCUCCAGCUGGCCUGCACUGACAGCAGCCUCCCAGAAGGUGUUGUGUUCCUUGCUGGCAUACUGUUCCUUGUCAUGGCGCUACUACUGAUUCUGAUCUCCUACAUCCUCAUCCUUACUGCCAUCUUCAAGAUCUCCUCGGCCAAGGGCCGGCACAAGGCCUUCUCUACCUGUGCUGCCCACUUGACUAUAGUCAUUGUGCAUUACAGCUGUGCUGCCAUAGAAUACCUAAGGCCCAAAUCCAUCCACUCACCAGAGCAGGACAAGCUCAUUGCCAUAUCCUACACACUCUUCACUCCCCUGCUCAACCCCAUGGUGUACAGCCUGAGAAACAAGGACGUGAGAUGGGCCCUUCAAAGAACAAUGGCCAAGUUAUUCUUCCCCCAGAGGUAUAGCCUGGGGGAGACCCAGGCUCUGCAGUCAGGUCUCCAGGUGCUGCAGUGGCAGGGAUCACAUCUGAAGGUAGCAGGGCAGAAAUCAGAGCCACCUGACAGUGGGAAAAGCCAGCUGGGCAGGAUCAGCUCCCUGACCUCACUACAGCAGAUGGAAGCAGUAUGCAACAGGACACAGAUGCAUCAGGAAGCCUGGGGCAGCAGGAACCAAACCCCAGUCAGAGAAUUCAUCCUGCUGGGCUUCUCCAAGUUCCCCGAGUGGCAGCACCUCCUCUUCAUCGUCUUCCUGCUCCUGUACCUGCUGAUCCUCUUGGGGAAUGCUGUCAUCAUCACCCUGAUUUGCCGUGACCGCUCCCUGCACACUCCCAUGUACUUCUUCCUUGGUGUCCUGUCCUGUUCUGAGACCUGCUACACAUUUGUCAUCAUCCCCAAAAUGCUUCUGAACUUGAUGGCACUCAGCACCACCAUCUCCCUGGUGGGAUGUGCCACGCAAAUGUAUUUCUUCCUGGGCUUUGCAGUGACUAACUGUCUGCUCUUGGCAGUGAUGGGUUACGACCGCUACGUGGCUGUCUGUGACCCCCUGCACUACACAGUCAUCAUGAAUGGGAGGGUUUGCCUCCUGCUGGUGGCUGCCUGCUGCACUGGUGGCUUUUUCGUGUCCCUGGUUGUCACCUGCCUGGUUUUCGUGCUCCCCUUCUGUGCCUCCAGACAUGUGCAUCACUUCUUCUGUGAUGUCUCCCCUGUGCUGAAGCUGGCCUGCACAGGCACCCAUUCCCAUGAGAUAGUGAUCUUUGGGCUGGGUGUGCUGGUGCUUGUCAUCCCACUGCUCUCCAUCUGCGCCUCGUAUGCCUGCAUCCUCGUGACUGUCCUGCACAUCCCAUCAGCCACAGGGCGGCGCAAGGCCUUCUCCACCUGCAUUGCCCACCUCACCGUGGUCACAGUGCACUAUGGCUGCGCCUCCUUCAUCUAUCUGCGGCCCACAUCCAGCUAUGCAUCGGAUAGUGACACCCUGGUCACGGUGACCUACACCCAUCACCCCACUGCUGAAACCCCUGGUGUACAGCCUGAGGAACAAGGAGGUGAAAGCAGCCCUCUGGAAAGCAAUUGGCAGGAGAACAUUCUCACACAAAAGCUAGCCUUUCUAUAGAGGGCUGCAGCCUAGCAGGAGCAAAGGACAUCGGGCUGAGAUGGGUACUGGGGUGUGGGAUCCAGACCCCACUGUCACAGCAGCCACUUUUAUGAUCACUCAAAA